UUUUUUUGGGCAGUGUCUGGAGAGUUGAGAAAUGUCGUUUGGUCUUGCCGUUCCUGGCCUCGUGCAUAACAGUCUCCUCUCCUGGUGUUUGAUCUUGCUGCACCUGCCCAGUUGGCGUGAUGAGCGACCUAGUCCUCAACCCAACCCCAAGGAUGAGAUGAUGCAACCGCCGACGUGAAUAUUGGAAAUUCAACAAAAUCAGUUUUGGUAAGAAAAAUGUUACUGUGGAGGGGGCUAAACGCUCUCGGCUCGUUAUAUAUAAGCCCAUCGUUUGGAGCUGGAGGUAAGUGCGUGCGUGCAGUUUUAUGUGUAUUAGCGUGUGCGUAGUGUGAUAGCCGUCGUCUCACGCCAUAUACAGCAGCAGCAGCAGCAGCAAUGGGCUCCAACAAUUUGUCCCUCACACUCGUCGUUGCCCUCUUCUCCGGGCUCCUGAUACUGGGGGCGGUCGUCGGCGAGGACGAAUGCGGGUUCCUCUGCGAGGACGGGACGUACGUCACCUGCGCCAACUAUCCCGGGCAGCAGUUCCCCGGCUGCAGCUGCGAGUGCGGGCCGUCGGACGGCCAUGGCUGCGUCGUCUACGGCUCCGACGGCUCCGUCGCCACGGUGUGCCCAAGAUGAACGACGAUCCAUGUAUUCUGCUGUCCAGUCCAACUCAAAAACUGAAAUAGUUUCGUGUGUUGAAACAGAAACAGUAGCCUUCUAUCACGUAUACUGUAAUAAAGAGAACAUGAGUUACUAGUUCUCUACUACGGAGUAUACUAUAGUAAUGGAGUGCGUUCAACAGCUUAUAAUUUGUAAAAGG